AGGUACCAAUGGUUUCUCAUCCUGCUAAUGUCUUCGGCAGUCUUCGCGAACGAUGGACUCUUCGGCUCUAAAUUCCAGACUGGUAAACAUAUUCUUUUUGAUAUCCCCGAAUACGACUUACUACACGCGAUCGGAGUUCCGUUCAGCAAUCCGAAAACCCAAUACUUCGAUGAAGGCCUAGAUGGGUUCCCUGCAUACGGCCUUAUGCCCGGAUCUGAUAUAAAAUCCCCAUACCGUCUCUUCAUGCCGGAGAAGCUGUACUCAGAAUUUUCAAUCACAGCUACUGUAAGACCGGCAAACAAAGAUGGCGGGUUUCUAUUCUCAGUCGUUAACCCUUUAGAAACGGUAGUGCAAUUAGGUGUCCAAUUGAUCCCAUCGGGUCCUGGAUUAACGAACAUUUCUUUGCUAUACACAGACGCUAAUAUUUAUGCGUUGUCACAAACGAUUGCGUCUUUUGUCGUCCCUUCUUUUGCGAAAAAGUGGAGUAGAUUUGCUUUGAGGGUUACGACUGACAAUGUGACUCUGUUCUUAAACUGCCACGAGUUUGAUACGGUCGUUGUGAAGAGGAAUCCAUUGGAGCUGGUCUUCGAUUCUGCGUCUACUCUGUAUGUUGGACAAGCUGGGCCGUUGAUUAGAGGUGCCUUUCACGGUGCGUUCCAAGAACUCAAGCUGUAUGGAUCCCCGACUCAAGCUGAAGUGCAGUGCGUCAACACUUUUGAAGAAUCCGGCGAUGGCGACGAGAUUGACAUUGACAAUUACUUGGUUGACCAAGAAGAAGGCGACGCUGAAGGUUCAGGAAGGUAUGGUACAAUACCACCGUUUCCACCACCACCGCCCGGAUUAGAUGGAGGCUAUUCAUUACGACUGAAAGGCGAGAAAGGAGAUCGUGGACCAAGGGGCGCUCCAGGAGAAUCAAUAAGAGGUCCACCAGGUCCACCUGGACCACCUGGACCUCCAGGUGUGUCUGGCACUCCAGGAGUAAUCGCUGAAAUAUCUGGAUCUGGAGAUGAUAGGAGUUCAGUAAAGCAGCAGAUAUUUGGAGAGAACUACGCUUCACUUGGUCAAUGUGGCUGCAACUCGAGUACUAUAUUAGCUCUCCUUCAAACUGCUCCAGAACUCAAAGGUCCACCUGGACCACCAGGCAUUACUGGAGCUGAUGGAAGAACUGGUGCCCCUGGAUUACCUGGUCAACCAGGUACUCCAGGCGAUCGUGGUCCAAUUGGUCCUCGAGGUGACAAAGGUGACAGGGGUGAUGUUGGUCCUAGAGGGCCAGAAGGACCAGCUGGUACUAAAGGGGAAGCUGGAGUAGAUGGAAGACCGGGUAUCGCCGGUCCACCUGGUCCGCCUGGACCACCAGGGACAUCAGAUUAUAGUAACUUUGAUUCAAAUUGGAAACCUAGACAAAUAUACAAGGAGUCACUCCUCGGAUCUUAUGGAGGUGCUAUUGGAAGACCAGGAGCUCCUGGUCCUAAGGGUGAUGCUGGUCAACCUGGACCUAUGGGACCACAGGGUGAACGAGGAUUCCCUGGUCAAAAAGGAGAAAGAGGUCAGCCUGGGAUGGGAGGUGGCAAAGGAGAUAGGGGUUACCCAGGACCUCAAGGUGAGCGAGGAUAUAAAGGUGACCGCGGUGGUCCAGGACUGGAUGGACGGCCAGGAAUACCAGGUGCUAGUGGUAGGCCAGCUGAUAAGGGAGAGAAGGGUGAACGUGGAGAGCCGGGGCCACCAGGCCCACCUGCGCUUGGGAUGUACAGUCCUGAAGAUGCAGAAUUCCUCACUACAGGACAAAGGCAGGCUGUGGUUGGCUCGAAAGGAGACAAAGGUGAAAAGGGAGAAAAAGGGGGUCGAGGAAACGACGGACCUCCUGGUUUCCCAGGCAAGGAUGGCAAAGACGGUGACCGAGGUGACAUUGGGCCUUCUGGCAUGCCUGGAAUCUCAGGACCACCUGGGUCUCCUGGUCUAAAAGGAGAAAGGGGUGAAAGAGGACCACCUGGACCUAUCAGCGUUACUAUGGCUGGAUCUGAUAUUGUCACUAUAAAGGGUGACAAAGGUGACGCUGGAUUACGAGGAAGAAGAGGAAGGCCCGGUCCGAGUGGUCCUAAGGGUACUGCUGGAACACCUGGACCACCUGGACCACCUGGAAGACCUGGAGAUAAGGGAGAUAUUGGGCUACCAGGAUGGAUUAAUGCAAAGGGGCGUCCAGGAACAUUAGGACCACCUGGUCAACCGGGGCCAGUUGGACCCAAAGGUGAAAAAGGAGACCCAGGAGUAAACAUACUAGAUGUAUCAAUGUUCAAAGGUGAAAAGGGCGAGCGCGGCUUCGAUGGACUGCCAGGUCUACCAGGCGUGCCCGGUCCAGCAGGACCUCCCGGACAAUCUGGAUCCCUAUCCGAAGCUAUCCAGUACUUACCAGGACCACCUGGACCACCAGGACCCCCCGGACCUCCCGGCCCACCAGGAGUUUCCAUCGUUGGACCUAAAGGAGAACCUGGAUUCACACAUUAUGAAGAACAUCCUGUGCACGGCAAUACUAAGUUUUAUGGAAGGCCAAUGUCGAAAAGUCCCCUCGAUGAGCUUAAGGCUCUUAAGGAACUGAAAGACUUGACGAAUAGAGACAGAGACAGGGAUAGACAUGGACCAGUUCAAUCACAUCCAGCCGUCCAUCAUACAGAAGAACCCAACAAAUCAGUUCCUGGAGCAGCGGUGUUCCAAACUACGGAGGAAAUGUUGAAGCUCGCGUCAUCGAGUGCUGUCGGUGCUCUGGCUUACGUUGUCGAAGAGCAAGCUCUGUUUGUCAAAGUUAAUUCCGGCUGGCAGUACGUACUGCUCGGGUCAUUAGUAACCCAGUCUGCGCCGACGCACCCAACGCCUGCACCUGCCCCACCUCCACCAAUGCCAGCCGCCAGUUUGGUACACAAGCCCUCGUUAUCUAAUCUCGUUGAAAGUUCGCCUGUACCUGGACCCAGUCUUCACUUAGCGGCAUUAAAUGAGCCGUUGCACGGCAACAUGCAUGGUAUUCGUCGUGCUGAUUAUGCGUGCUACCGACAAGGAAGACGUGCUGGAUUCAGAGGCACAUUCAGAGCUUUAUUGACUAGCAAGAUUCAAAACUUGAACUCAAUAGUUCGUUACUCAGAUCGUCACCUUCCAGUUGUGAACACUCAAGGAGAAAUUUUAUUCAAGUCAUUUUCGGAUAUGUUCGAUGGCAAUGGAGCGCUAGCAGCUGGAGCCAGGAUAUACAGCUUCAAUGGAAGAAACGUUCUUACUGACUCGCAUUGGCCACAGAAAGUAAUCUGGCAUGGAUCACGUGCUAAUGGUGAACGCGCUUUGGACAGUUACUGUCAAGAGUGGCAGAACGGGGAUCCUACAAGUCGUGGCCUUGGGUCCGCACUACACUCCCACAAACUACUGGCACAGGAGAGAUAUCCUUGCAGUAGUCACUUUAUUGUGCUGUGCGUAGAAGUAGCAUCAGAAAUAACCUCUCGAAGAAAACGAGAAACAAUAAGAUACAAUACAACGGGCAUACUUGAUGAGGACGACUACCUUUACAACGCGGAGGAAUACCAACAACUACUGAACGAAAUAUUUGCUCAACCAUUGAGAGAAAAUUAAAGAGUGACGUCAUUGUUCGUCAGUGUCACGUCAGAAUGCACUAACGGCUUUUAAGGUUCAAAAUCGUAUAAUUUGUAUUGACGUUGUUUGCUAUCUUGAAAAUUUAUGUGAAAAUUAUUUAAAGAGGAGAUGUUUAAAUGUAAACUUUUGGCACUAAAGAUUGGCAAUUUAAAAAUAAAUCUCUUCGUAAAUUAAAAAAAUUAAAGGCAACGCCAUUUUGCCAUGGAUAGCUAAUGGAAUAACAACUCUUUCGUUGUACGAUAAUUUCGAACUUCGAACGAAUCGAAAUCUCUUGUCGUUCCAUUCUGUUUUGUUGCGGCCAUUUUGAAAAAAAAAUAACCAAAUUCUGAGGGCGAUUUUGAAAUGAGAUUAAUAAAAAUCAAGUCAGAGCUUGGUGUUUGUGAGAUUCCUAUUAAACUAAGCGUAUAUGCUUAAGCCACUGAAAGUUACUACAUACCUACAUUCGUAUUACUGUAUGUAUAGUGAAAUAUAUUAGGUCGCGCUUUGUACUGCGCUUAGAGUGUUUGUAAAUAAAAUUUUGUAAAAUGUAUCAAUGGGCAAAUUUUAAAUGUAGGAUUACGAGUCGUCGCGUCGUAUCGAGAAAACAUGGAAUUAUAUUAUAUUUAUUUGUAUAAAUUAUAUUGAUUAUAAUUUUGUAAGUUUAAGUUAGGAGGAAAAACGCUUGCAUUAAUUAUUUAUUCAAAUGAAAUGUCAGAUACGUUAUUAAGGUUUUGAAUGCCAAUAGAAAACUAUUGAAAGCAAUUCCUUCGCGAACGUCGGUGACCCCCAUGGCGUUUAAUGUGUUAAAUAAACGGAUUCUGAUACGAAAAACAUUUUAAACUCUUAGUAAAUUACUUCUGUACAAGUAACGUAAUUACCAACAUUAUAAAAGUGAGGCGAUUUGUAAUUCUACUUGAUUUAAUUCUAGUUUCUAGACAGAAUACCAAUGUUUGUGAUUAUUUCGAGACAUUAAUUCGAGACUGUAUAUAAUUAUUAUUCGAGAGGAUUAUUUUUUAUCUUAAGUCAAUUUUAAAGUAUUUCUUAAUUCUUUCUUUCUAGCGAAAUAUUUUUACGGAAAUGUAAUUGACUGAUUUUUACUUAAGCACUUCUGUAGUUUGAUUUUUGCAGACAUGGCAACAUUACUAACUUGAAACUGGUUAGUUUUGAAUAAGAAAUAAAAAAAUAAGUUUCGGAAUAGAUUUAUUUAGGGCCGAUUUAUCAAACAUCAGCUCUUUUUUAACUGUAAAAUAACAUUGACAUUUGACAGUUCUUAGUAUGGAAUAAUUGUUAAAUAUUUAAAAUAAUUAAUCCUCAGUUAAAGUUUCUUUACCUAAAUUGACAUUAAUUAAAUUGACAAUAUAAAAAAAUAACAAUGAUUG